UCUUCAGAAGGUCGGAUAGAAGAAGAACGCCGCCAUCUUGGUGACGCGUAAGGCGUCGGACGCAGCCGCCAUGUUGGGAAGGUCGCAGAUUGCUUUUUGAUCGAACCAUUGAGCUAUGUCUACACCGCCCCUGUCAGGAGCUGGAGCGGCAGCUGCGGUCCCCGGGCCCGGGGGCUACCCCGGCCCCCCUCCCCAGGCCGCUGCCGCCGCCACCCGGGAGGUGAACACCGCGUCCCUGUGCCGGAUCGGACAGGAGACUGUGCAGGACAUCGUGUUCCGGACCAUGGAGAUCUUCCAGCUGCUCCGCAACAUGCAGCUACCAAACGGUGUCACGUAUCACACGGGGACUUACCAGGACCGGUUAGGGAAACUGCAGGAGCAUCUGCGGCAACUCUCAAUUCUGUUCCGUAAGCUGCGCUUGGUGUUUGACAAAUGCAAUGAGAACUGCGCUGGACUGGACCCUGUGCCCAUAGAGCAACUAAUUCCAUAUAUUGAGGAGGAUUAUUGGAAAAACGAUGACCGCGGCCAAGCCAGCCAGCUCCGGUAUCCCAGUGAGGAGAGGAGGGAAAUUCUGGAAGUAAAUAAGAAACUGAAACAGAAGAAUCAGCAGCUGAAACAAAUUAUGGAUCAGUUACGGAAUCUUAUCUGGGAUAUUAACGCCAUGCUGGCGAUGAGGAACUGACGUCGCAGCGUUGACAUUUUAUUAUUAUUUUUUGUAAUAUUAUUUUAUUUUAUUUUUGUAUCAUAAUCGAAAUUUCUAAAUGUAGUUCUGUUAUUAAAUAUUGUGUUUUUAUA